ACGAAAUUGGAGCAGGGUUGGCUAAUGAUUGCCUUAUCGAUAUUUUAUCGGAUUCACAUCCGAUAUUCAAAGCAGUUGGUAUACCCACUUUACUCGGGCGACAAACCCUUUGGACUUCACCUUUAUGUUUGAAUUUAUUGAUGCGGAUUCAGUGUGAAUGAUUCCAAGUAUUCGUGGGAACUGGAUCGAUAACUGUGAACUGAAAUCCAUUACUAGCGUGGUCAUCUCUAAUAAGCAUUUAGUAUCUUCGAAAAGACUAUAAUUUUUCUCGAAAAAUCGCAUUGAAAUGUUUGAAAAGAAGAGCGACAAGGUUAAGCAAGCUGAGCACAAGUCGCGGGAAGAUGGCGUAGAGUUGGAGAGCCAGUUUAUCAUGCGCGUGCCGAAGGAAGUGGCGGACACGGUCCAUGAGGCAAUAAAUGCUGGCACCAUAAAGGAACGGCUGACCAUCCAACUGGAUCAGGAUCUGAGGUACGGGGAAGUGCGAGUAGAUGAUCAGUUAUUGUACACGAAGCUCGUGGAUUUGCCCACUGUCGUGGAGAGCUACAAGACCAUUGACAACAAGAGCUUCUACAAGUCGGCAGACAUCUGCCAGAUACUCAUUUGCAAGGAGGAGCCGGAGGACGAAACAGAGAAGGAGUCGCCCAACAAAAACAAGAAGAAGGAUCCCAACAAGGUGGACAAAAAAUACCUAUUUCCGCACGGUAUCACACCUCCCUGCAAGAAUGUGAGAAAACGACGAUUCCGCAAAACUCUUAAGAAAAAAAAUGUCGAAGCUCCUGAAAUCGAGAAGGAAGUGAAGCACCUGCUCCGUAUUGACAACGAGGCCGUGAGAGUCGACUAUGAAAUCAUAAACGAAGAGGACAAGCCUAUGGAUGAACUGGAACAAUCGGACAUCAAGCCCUACAACGAUGCAGAUGACGAUCUGCAGGACGAAACUACCUUGCAUGCCAGCGAAAAGACGAUCAUGGAAAUGAGCAACCAGCGGGACAUCAAUGUGGAGUCCGAUGAUGACGAAGCCAGCAACUUUCCCUCCCACCGGGCGCCGAACAUGGGAGUUGCUGUCCACGACAUCUUCGGCGAGGAAGUGUCCACCACGGAUGACGAGGAUGAGCCGGUUCGGGGCAACAACACCAUGCAGCGGCGGGAGAUGGAGGAAUCCUCACGCCUCUCGGCUGAUGAUUCACGGAUGUCGGACUUCUUUGGCGCUAGUGGCAGUAAUACCGGAGCGAGCGGCGUGAAAAUGGAUCAAAGCGAGUUUAGCAAGUCUAUGUUUGGGCAUGAAGCCAGCAGUCCUAAGCUAAGCGCCGCCGGGUCGAGCUCAAACCUGGCUGCUCCCAGUGGCUUCUACGAUAGCCAAAUGCUAGCCAAGCGAGAGGAGUUUGAGAACAUGGAGUUCAUAGACGAACCACAGCCGCAGUACACGCAACAACAGGUGCAGCAGAAGAUCAAUCAACUGACGCGGCAGAUAAGUGAACUGAAGGCCCAACAGGUGCAGAAGUCUACAGAAAUCGCUUCUAUACAAAAUGCCACGCUCAAGCAACGAAUGCAGGAAACGCUUGAUAAUCUUUAUACUCAAGUUAUUGAAAGAGAACUUGAGCUAAAGGACUUUGAGAAUAUGCUGGAGUCUUAAGAAGAAUAUAAAAUACAAAUUGACUGUUCGAGGAGUAGCAUAAGCUUUAUUUAAACUAUGUAUAUACUUAUUUAGAUAUCAUUUAACACUAUGUCCGUUUUGUUGUUAAAGUGAAACUAGACGUCGAUUGGGACACUUCAGACCGUAAACACUUGCCAAGAAAUGUUGCCCUAUCAUUGGUCAACUUAUUAUUUGUGUA